CGGUGCUGCGGCCUGGCCCGGCUGCAGGGUGUCCCCUGCAAGAGGCGAGGCGCGGAAUGAGCCGCCUGGGACCGUGUCUGCGCCCGCGGCCCCUCCUGCCCGGGCCCUGGGCGGCGCCGCGGGGGCUGUGCCGCGUCUCGGUGGCGGCCGGUCUGCGCCGGGGCCCGGCGGGCUCCGACACCGCCUCGGUGGCCGGCAUGGAGGAGCUGCUGAGUCGCUCCGUACCGCCGCUGACCCCCUACGAGACCAAGGAGAAGGCGCCGCCGCCGGCGGAGCGGCUCAGCGCGGAGUUCGUGCGGUACUACCGCGCCCUGGAGGCCGGGCCGCCCAGGGCCGAGCUCCUCACCCGCUUGGCCCGCGACUUCGGCGUGGACCACGGGCGGGUAGCAGAGUUCAGCGCCAAGGUGCUGCAGGCCCGGGAGCAGCAGAGGGAGCUUGGGGCCCUGCUGCAGGCCGAGGACCGGCUCCGCUACUACCUCAACCCCCAGUACCGGGGUCUCUUCCAGCACCUGGGCCGCCUGGAGGGUGGGCUGCGCUUCCUGGUGGAGCUGAGGGGCGACCUGGUGGAGGGGCUGGCGACCAAGGCGGUGGAUGGGCCUCAUGUCAAGGAAAUGAAUGGAGUUCUUAAGAACAUGCUUUCAGAGUGGUUCUCGACAGGAUUCCUAAACUUGGAACGGGUCACUUGGCAAUCGCCUUGUGAAGUACUCCAGAAAAUUAGUGAUUCUGAAGCUGUGCAUCCUGUUAGAAACUGGGUUGAUAUGAAGCGUCGAGUUGGGUCAUAUAGAAGAUGCUACUUUUUUUCUCACUGUGCAAUCCCAGGAGAACCAUUGAUCGUCUUGCAUGUUGCACUGACCAGUGAUAUCUCCAGCAGCAUCCAGGCCAUAGUGAAAGAAGUGCCACCUCUAGAAACAGAAGAUACAGACAAAAUUACAACAGCAAUUUUCUACUCGAUCAGUUUGACUCAGCAGGGACUGCAAGGUGUGGAACUUGGGACUUACCUCAUCAAGCGGGUUGUAAAAGAGCUGCAGAAAGAACUUCCUCAGAUAAAAGCUUUUUCUACUCUUUCACCUAUCCCGGGAUUCACAAAAUGGCUUGUUGGUCUCCUCUCCUCACAAACUAAAGACCCAGAAAGAAAUGAACUUUUUACAGAAUCAGAAUGGCAAGAAAUCUCUGAGAUCACAGGAGACUCUACUACUGAAACACUUAAGAAACUCUUAAAUAACAACGAGUGGGUGAGAUCAGAGAAAUUAGUUAAAGUGCUCCAUUCGCCAUUUAUGAGACUCUGUGCCUGGUAUUUGUAUGGAGAGAAACAUCGUGGCUACGCUCUUAAUCCAGUAGCAAACUUUCAUCUUCAGAAUGGCUCUGUGAUGUGGCGGAUAAACUGGAUGGCGGACACCAGCCCUCGGGGCAUUGCUGCUUCUUGUGGCAUGAUGUUCCAGUCCUGUUUUCCAAGAAAAGAAUUCUACAGAGGAAUUGAAAGUGAUAGAGUUCCUGCUGGUGUACGAAAACAGACGUGAAGAAAGCUAUAGCUUGCUGAAUGUGCACUAGGGAACACUGUAGAAGUACAAAGAAAUCUGAAGAUUAUUUGAUUAUACUUUCUUUAUUCUCAACUGGGGAGCUAAGAACUCAGGAUUAAACCCUCGAAGCGUUGGAAACUUUUAGUGAGAGACUUUGAACAGGCAACUCCAUCCUGGCCAACCUGAGGAAAUAGCUUCAGAGUGAUUGUCAAUUUUUGCUUUUGGAUCAGUAGUUACGGUAAGUAUUCUGCACAACCGCAUGUAUGUAUAGUCUUCAUAGUACUUCAGAUGGAAGGUUUUUAAAUUAAAGUCUAUGGUCUACCUUCAAGAAAUGCUGAAAGUUGAUCACUAGUAUUGAACAAUUGCAUGUCCACAGGAGACUUCAGGCAGGUAAAGAGACAGGGGUUGAAGCCAGCUGGACAAUGGGAGUCAAAUGUAUAUAAUCUUUUCAAUUAAUUAAGACGUGUCUUCUCCUGGCGUGGCAUUAUAAGAUGAAGAACCUUGUUGCGACUUCUAUUUCAAACUCCACAUUUUUAAGGCAUUACGAAAAUUUUGUUAGAAGUUCCAUCUGAAGUUUGUCGUGCAAGUUUUAGACCCAAAAUGUGAACGUUAGGGAGUACACAGUGUGUGUGUGUAUGUGUGUGUGUAUAUAUAUAUAUAUUUAGCACCCUGUGUGAAAAACUUACUAAAAAGUAGUUAUCUACAGUUUAAAAUACCAGAUCUGAACAGGCUACUCACGCAUUGCUUUUUCUUUUCUGUGUAGCAUGUGCAUUUUGCUAGUCAGGUUUUUGUACAGAGCCUUAAGGUGAACAUACGCACAUAACUCUAUUGGUACAGAAAUUUUCACCAUACAGAUUACUACAGAACACACUAUUUCUGUUUUUAACAGAAGAUAGCUUCAUUCUCCUGUUGGGUUCUCUAAGCUUUCUGAACUCUUUAGAAUUCAAGUUUCAAGGUGAAAUUUAGCUGCUGAUAUAAAUAUGUAUGAACCAUUCCUGGUUAGGAGGAAUAGAGAAAGACAGCCUUCUCUGUUAUGUUAAGCUCGUCAAGUUUGAGGAAACCAGGUCGCUUACUUCAAAUGAAAGAGUUCUGAAAAUGCAAUGAUUUUGAAAGAUGUUUUUCUUUUGAAACAGGAGGAGCUAUGAGGGCAAUUAAAUGUGCACCCACCUGGCCAUAGUUCAAAAAGAGCUAACACUCCUGCUUUAUUGCAGAUGAAAAUACAACACAAUCCUAUAUUCCGAACAGCUGGACUUGAAGGAUAAGGCGUUUUUUCCACUUGGAGACCCAGACAAAUGCAUGAGAAUUGGCUCAGUGACAUGAAGUGGUAGUAGCUUAUGAGGAAGAAAAAGCAAAGCUGCUAACACUUUGUCAACACUUCAGUUAUGUCUCAUAGAUCUGCCCUCAGCUUAAGGGAAGCAGGCGUAUCUCUUUUUUUUUUUUUUUUUUUUUUCUUUUUCUUUCUUCUUACCAAUCUUAAAAUCAGGAAGAUGGAUACUGGCAUUCGGGCAAACCAGCCAUAGGACUUUCUCUCAAAUUCAAACCUGGAUGUACACUGUGGUGCCAGGACUGGUUGCUCAGCUGCGAAGCAAUGGGUUGGUGUGUCGGGAACAGGUCUACCCCUUCUACCUCACCUCACACAGAUGCCACGUUUCUCUAGGCGUUGAAUUACCAGUCACUCCUGCAUUAGCAGUCAGUUUAACUUACUCUCGUUCCCAGGAGCUGUUGUAAGGUGUUUGAGAUGUGGGGCCGAGAGGCAGAUUACAGGCAAAGAUGUAGCAGCACCUCACUGGAGCUAUUAUGGAAGGGUACAUUUGUUAUGUGACAUCUGUUCUCCAUCAGAACACUCGCACCUGCAGAGUUAAUUUCCUUUUCAGCCGUUCUUACAGUUUUGGUUAUUGGUUGUGUUUUGUUUUCUGAGGUCACUUUGUCUGUUAUAUUGGUAAGGUAGCAAUAUGAGGCUAAAAAUUCAUACAGUGAGUUCUGUACCAGAAUCACAGUACAAAUUUAAGUGCAAAAGUAUCAAGUGAAGACAAACAUGGGACCGUCUGCUCAUAAAGGCCAUCAAAGCCAUCAGCUGUUAAUUGCUGUUAGUUUUCUUUCCUUGGUCACUGAUUCUUAACUGUCUAGCAGUGCUUGGAUUUUCCAACUUGCUACUAAAGAGUGAUUUUAGCAUGAAUGAUGCUGAAGAGAAAAAAAAAUAAAUAUUCACCAUCUGUACUACUUACUAGGACAUAAGUAUGUCACUAGAGAGGGAUCUUAUUCUCUCAAAGUGAGUCUUCACAAGUCAGAAAGAAGAAAGAAAGAAAGAAGUCCAGUUUCUUUUUCUCCCUCUCAGUGUGUAAAAACUGUUAUGCCAUUUCUGAAGAGCAUGCACCUAAUGUUAAAGAAGAGGUAACUUGCCUGUCCUUUAAGGAAGCUGAAAUACUAAAAGUUGUCGAAGUCAUUGCUUCCUGUUAACUAUAGUAAUGUGUUUCAAGCAACAUAUUUUAAGAUUAAUUUAGGGUAUAUAAUACUGCACUGUGUUACGCUUUGAAGUGUCAACGCUGAAAUUAUGAGUACAUUUUCCUUUCUGUGGAAUGUUCUUUGGAUAAAAAGUUAAUAAAUACCUUCCCAUUUUUCUGAAUGGCUUCUCAGGUGAUUUC